UGAUUACCAAUCAAAACAAUAAUUGUUAAUUUCCAUAGAAUCGCUAAUUACAUGCGCCAGCGAACUGCUGUCUAGAGGGAUUCAUCCAUUCCAGAAAUAAGGCGGACUCCGAGCUGCUAGUAUCUAUCGUUACAAGUAUUUCAAUUGUCUUAUUAUAAUGGGUGUUUUUGGAAAGAUUUUCGGCUUGCAACAACCGGAACGUGAUCGUUUGCGGGGUUUGGAGACGGAAGCUGAAUACCGGGAACGAUGGAUUUCGAUACGCGUAAUGUACUUCACUGCUUUUCUAGUGUAUAUAUCGUUCGGAAUCGUGGCGACUUGUUUGUGGCCAUACUUGAAAACUCUGGAUCCGGAUGCUGGAAAGAUUUUUCUGGCAUACCUGUUUGCUGUGCCAUCAAUUUUGCAGCUGGUGGGUAGUCCUAUUUUGGGCUGGUGGAGUAACCGACUACCAUCAGUAAGGACGCUGAUAAUACCUUUUUUGGUAGCCUUCGUCGUUGGUCAAGCGUUGUACGCACUAGCCGAUGAGUUCCCAGUUCACCGAAAGUAUGUGCUCUUAGUUUCUCGGGUGCUGGUAGGAAUAUCCUUGAUAACGUGCUCCAUCUACCGAUCGUACAUUUCUGCAGCUACCACCGUUGAAGAGAGAACCAAAACCACUUGUUAUCUAUCGUUAGCUCAUACGGCUGGUUUUUUGUGCGCAUCAGUGCUACAACCAAUCUUCUCGACUUUGGGUGAAGAAGGUUUUCGCAUUCCGGGAUUGUUCCGCAUCAACAUGCAUACCGCGGUUGGAUGGUUUUGCGCUCUGUUGGGAUGUAUUAACCUGAUCCUGAUGAUGCCAUGUAUCUUCAAAGAUCACAACAUAGCACUGAAGGAGGCGAUGUACGAUGGGGAUUCGCUGCAAUCGAAGAGUUGUUGGAAGUCUUUGCAACUGAGAUAUCUGCCGAUAAUCCAAAUGUGUGUGGCUUUCGCCCUACUGAUGUUUAUCUACGCAGCCUAUCAGACGAGCAUCAUGCGGAUGGGAAGUACGUCUUCUGGCCGGACAAGUCGUCUUCCCAUUAUGCCAAGAAGACGCUGGAGUAUCUUGAGUAGAAAACGACAACAAGAAUAA